GCGCUGAUUGGCUGACGCCCCUUCCCGUUCAGAGAGCUUGUCAGUCAGCUGGAGCUCAAGGAAAAAACAACACUUGUUGUUUUUUUUUUUAUUUGAUCUUGUCGAUCAUUCUGGAGUCGGCACGCUAUGUCGCCGCAUUUUCGACACUUUUAAUUCGCAGUUACACGGCUUCCGGUGCGUUCUUUUACAGGCAGGAGAGCGGGAACAUAGUGUUGUUUUUUCUCUCUCCCCCAUAUCUAUAGGUGACGGUGGUUGUUGCUCCAUCCAUCCAUCCAUCCCACCCCAUCACAUCACCCCGGGGUCCCUCUCUUCUCUCUCUCUCUCUCUCUCUCUUUCUCUCCCCCCGCUGUCUGGGCGUCCAGUCACCGGUUCGAAGACGAGCCCGGUGCCGUGCCGUGCCGUGCCGUGCCGUGCCGUGGUGCUUGGAGUAUCCCCGCGCGGAUGACCGAGCUCCCGGGGCCAGGAGCCUUGGAACCGUAGCGCCCGUGGGUCCGCGAGGAGAUGUCAGAGCGGGGAUGCCUCCUCUUGGAGACAGCGUCGUAGUCGAGGGUAUACACGAGUGUCCACAGUUCACGCACUGGGACUCGGCUUAUAGACCGGCGGACAAGCGCUUCAGCCUGGAUGGUAGGGGCGCAGCAUGCCCACCCCCUCAUCUACUACCACUACACCCCUGGCUGGAGGGAGUAGCAGCAGCACCGGAGGAGGAGGAGGAGGAGGAGGAGGAGGAGAAGAAGAGGGGCCCAUGUCUGCCACCACCUCCUCCUCCUCCUCCAUCGGCUCCUCUUUCCGCUUCGUGCCGGCUUUCUGCCUGGGCGUGGUGGCGACAGUAGUGUUUCAGCUGACCUGGGGAGGCCCGUCUCUCACCUCCUUCUUCUUGAAGCUGUUCAUAUAUGUGUCAUUCGCGCUGCUGUGCUUCCUGGCCGGGAGCUUCGUGCUUCUGGUCAGGAAGAGUCCUCUCAAAGUCAGCUGCUUUGACAGGAGCAGGAGGCAGUCAGCGGCACGGCCGGAGUUCUUCAGCAAGCUCAUGGGCCGUUUCGUGGUGCCAGUUCAGGAGUCGAGCCAGAGCAGAAGGGUGGUGGUGUCACAUAAUGUGGACAAAGCCCUGAAGGAAGUGUUCGACUACGCCUACAGAGACUACAUCCUGUCCUGGUAUGUUCCUUUGAGCCGCGACAAGGGCCAGUUGUACUCCAUGCUGUCUGAGGACUGGUGGCAGAUGAUUGGGCAGCUGAGGUCCAGGCUCGCUGACAUAGACCUCGUCAACGUGGUGUGUUACGACAGCAUUCGGAUCCUACACACACAUUUCACUGACCUCAAGGCUGCGUCUGCAAGACCAGAAGAAUGCGCCCGGCCGUUUCCUCUCCAUCCCUGUUUAGUCAGCCCAGACUCGGAGCUGGCCUUUCUCCGGUGCGUAGCCAGGAUACUGCUGCUAUGUCUGCUGCCGCAGAAGGAUGCCAAGUCACAUACACUACGCUGCUGCCUCACAGAAGUCAUCACAACUAAAGUGCUGAAGCCUUUGGUAGAGGUGCUGAGCGACCCAGACUCCAUCAACAGGAUGUUGUUGUCUCAGCUGGAGCAGAGGGAGCAGCAGGCUGAGCAGCAGAAGAAAGCCUACACCUACGCUGCCUCCUAUGAAGACUUCAUCAAACUAAUAUCAACUUCUGCUGAUGUCAAUUUCCUCAAACAACUCAGGUAUCAAAUAGUGGUAGAGAUAAUUCAUGCCACCACAAUCAGCAGCCUGCCUCAGCUCAAGAAGCAGAAAGAGCGAAAAGGUAAAGAGUCGGCAGCAAUGAAGGCAGACUUGCUGAGAGCCAGAGAUAUGAAACGAUAUAUCAAUCAGCUGACUGUUGCUAAGAAACAAUGUGAGAAACGGAUCCGCCUGCUCGGUGGGCCAAACUAUGAGAACAGUGAGGAAGGGGGAACUGAUGACAGCGACGAGCCUCAGAGUCAGAAGAUCCUCCAGUUUGAUGACAUCAUGUGUAAUCCGGGUUACAGGGAGCAUUUCAGGGUUUACAUGGAGAGAGUCGAUAAGAGAGCUCUGAUAAGCUUCUGGGAACUGGUGGAAACGCUGAAAACUGCCAACAAGAACGAGGUGCCCCAAAUCGUUGGAGAAAUCUACCAGAAGUUCUUUGUGGAGAGCAGAGAGAUCCCAGUGGAGAAGUUUCUUCUCAAGGAGAUCCAGCAGAGUCUGGUGGGGAACAGAGGGACGCAGGUCUUUGUUCGAAUACAAGAACAGGUGGCUGAGACGAUGAGAGAGCGUUAUUACCCCUCCUUCCUGGUUUCCGACCUCUACGAUAGACUGAUCAGACGAGAUGAACAGCACAGCCAGUCACCGUGUAGCACAGAGGAGAAGGAGGAAGGGUGCCAUGGUCUAGAGGCAGGAGAAGAGGUGGGUGAUGAAGGAACCAAAGGAAUCAACGAGCAAGCCAGCUAUGCUGCUACUAAGCUACGCCAGCUCUACGACAAACUGGAGUACAAGCGCCAGGCACUGGGCUCCAUCCAGAACGCACCCAAACCAGACAAAAAGAUAGUGAGCAAACUAAAGGAAGAAAUAGGAGCCAUGGAGAGAGAGCACAGUGAACUUCAGCAACACAUCACGAGGACUGACUGGUGGUGUGAAAACCUGGGCCACUGGAGGGCAACUAUCACCACUGCAGAGGCCACGGAGGAGGGCGGUGAGACUGUAGCUUGUUACAGUGUGUGCGUUAGUCUGCUAGAAGGAGAAGAAUCAACCCACAGCCGCUGGAGCGUCCAGAGGAAACUCACUGAGUUCCAGAUGUUGCACCGCAAACUUACUGAGUGCUUUCCGUCAUUGAAGAAACUCCAGUUGCCAUCACUCAGUAAACUUCCCUUCAAAUCCAUUGACCAGAAGUUCCUAGACAAGAGCAAAACACAGCUCAAUGCCUUUCUUCAGCGUCUGCUGUCAGAUGAGCGAUUGUGCCAGUCAGAGGCUCUCUAUGCGUUCCUCAGUCCAUCUCCAGAGUACCUCAAGGUGAUGUCAAUUCAAAAGAAGUCGUCUUUCUCUCUCGCCUCCUUCCUGGAGAGGUUACCUGGAGAUUUCUUCUCCCACACUGAGGAGGACGGUGACGAUGACAGCGACCUCUCAGACUACGGCGAUGAAGUCGACGGGCGGAAGGACGCUCUGGCCGAACCUUGCUUCAUGCUCAUAGGAGAGAUCUUUGAACUCAGAGGAAUGUUUAAGUGGGUGAGGAAGACUCUAAUUGCACUAGUCCAGGUGACAUUUGGACGAACUAUCAACAAACAGAUCCGGGACACUGUAAACUGGAUUGUCUGUGAACAGAUGUUGGUGGGCUACAUCGGCGUGUUCAGAGAAACUUUCUGGCCCAAUGGAAAGUUGGCGCCGCACGUGAAAGUCCGAACGGACGCUGAACGCAGCGAGACUAAGGAGAGGGCACAGCAGAAGCUACUUGACAAUAUUCCAGAUGCACUAGCAAAUCUAGUCGGCCAGCAGAACGCCCGCUAUGGAAUCAUCAAGAUCUUCAAUGCUUUACAGGAGGCUAGUGCCAACAAACAUCUUCUCUACGUGUUGAUGGAAAUGUUACUCAAGGAACUGUGUCCUGAACUCAGGGCGGAGGUGGACAGCAUCUGAACACGCACACAUAAAAAAUGACCCACACACACACACGCGCGGUGUUCAGAUGAAACUGAGGCUCCGCUCGUUCACCUGUUAGGCUCUUCUAUAGCUGACCAAUCAAAAAAACUGCCAAGCUAGACAGAGAGAGGGCCUUCCGGUUAAACCUCAGACAGAAAGCGGCUGUGUUGGUCGAGGCUGAGACACACGCUGAUUCUGUUCUUGUGAAACGAUGAAAAAGCUGAGCGGACGCUGGGCUCUAAAGGGGCCGGUGCUUGACUUUGUUGUGGUGCAGAUCUAAACCAGUCUGUCUGAACAGGGAGAAACCACCUGGGAGUUUGACUUCUUCCUAUCCAGACAGCAGUCUAACCAGACUGAAAAACAUGUGUAUUACAAAGACGUCCACAUUCACAAAAGAACAAAUGGUGUUUCUGACUUCAUGUUUAAAAAAAAAAAAAAAAAAAAAAAAGUAGUUUAUUUUUUUUUUCUUUUGUUUCAGUAGCAGUGAAAUCUCAGAUCUGUACUAGAACAAACUGAAAUGAAAUCAUGUAAGUCGUGGCAGUCUAGUAAACUACCUGAUUGUUGGGAUAUUAAAUUCUAGAGCAGACGAUCGCUGGAUCUCGAUGAAACGCGACGGAAAGACGACUGAAGUUCAGAAUUUGUCGCCCUGCGUGGGCGGCCAGUGUGUGUCACUGCCCACGGACCUCUGAACAUUCCUUCUACACACAACCUGAGCAACAACACUUGUGUUCUGUGAUUCUUGUCAAGGCUUAUAAUUGUGCAAUAUAAUGUCAUGUAAAAGUCAUUGUGAUGAUUUUAUUUAUGAUGAUUAUUGAUAGAUUUUAUUUUUACCAAAAAUUGUUUAGAGACAAUAAGUUUAUAUAAGCAAUAAAUUGCAAAGAAAGA